CUAGUUAGCCUUGAACUCCGUGAUGCCAAUGUGUAUUAUGAAUAUUGAAUCAAAAUUAUUGCUUCGUCUAUUGUUCAAAAAUAAUGCUGGUGUCAAGAAACGUAACCUCGGGCAAAUGAUAAAAAAACAUUAUUAAUUCAAAUAAUGGAACAGGAAAUACUCGACGAAGAAUUUCAGUGCUACAUGCGAGUAGCCCGUUCACUCGAAAAUACUCUGAAACGUUCAAAAGACCGCGAAUGUUGUAAACAGUUGCUAAAGAAAUGUGAACGUCUGAAUAGUAGUAACAAUGCUACGAUUAAAAAAAAUACCAACGUUUUUAUGAAGUACUGUUUAAAAGUUAUAAAUUGGACAAGUGUUCAUCAGCCGCUACAGUUAUACGAUAAAUGGUAUCAAGACUCAAAAAAUGAAGUUAAAUUGUGGCUUCAAGAGAACAAAUCAUAUAUGGCCGUUAAGGAAAUGCCAAACGGUUCUCUCGCCAUAUACUGCGCGGUGGCAAAUUCCUCAGGUACUGGUUGGCAGGAUGGGGCAUUGAAAGUUAUGAGAGAUUCGAAGGAUCCCGACGCAGAAGAAAUGUGAAGUCUUAUUUAUACUAGUUGUUGUGUAUUUUAUUGUGUAUAACAAUUUGUAUGCAGUG